UUUUCAUCCGGCGGAUUCCGAAGCCAUUUUCCCUAUACCGAGAAGAGUUACUCUCCAUUAUUCGCUCUUUGUUUUUUUCUAAUUUUAUUUCUCAGUCAUUUGAAAUUAUGCCUGGAUAUUCAGACAGAGACCGUGGCAGAGAUAGGGGCUCGUAUGGACCUAGCGCACCCCGUUUUGGUGGUGGUCGAAAUGGUCCACCCUCGGGGAAAUUCGGUAAUCCCGGUGAGAGACUGCGCAAAAAGCACUGGAACCUUGAUGAGCUUCCCAAGUUUGAGAAGAAUUUCUACAAGGAGCACCCCGAGGUCACCCGGAGAUCGAUGCAAGAAGUAGAGCAAUACCGCAGAAGCAAAGAAGUAACUGUUAAGGGCAGAGAUUGCCCCAAACCCAUCAUGAAGUUCCACGAAGCCACCUUCCCAAAUUACGUGAUGGACGUCAUUUCAAAACAAACCUGGACUGAGCCAACUCCUAUCCAAGCCCAAGGCUGGCCGCUGGCACUUAGUGGAAAAGACAUGGUUGGCAUUGCCCAGACAGGGUCUGGAAAAACCCUUGCUUACCUGCUGCCAGCUAUUGUCCACAUUAAUCACCAGCCUUUCCUUGAACAUGGAGAUGGUCCAAUUUGUUUGGUGCUUGCCCCAACUCGUGAGUUGGCACAACAAGUGCAGCAGGUUGCUGCUGAGUAUGGGAGAGCCUCUCGUUUGAAGUCCACUUGCAUUUAUGGUGGUGCACCCAAAGGACCUCAGAUACGUGACCUUGAAAGAGGUGUUGAAAUUUGCAUAGCCACACCUGGACGUCUCAUUGACUUCCUUGAGGCAGGAAAGACCAACCUGCGGCGCUGCACCUACCUGGUCCUGGACGAGGCCGAUCGUAUGCUGGAUAUGGGGUUCGAACCGCAGAUCCGCAAGAUCGUAGAUCAGAUCCGACCGGACAGGCAAACUCUUAUGUGGAGUGCUACGUGGCCCAAAGAGGUCCGCCAGCUUGCUGAAGACUUCCUGAAGGAGUACGUCCAGAUCAACGUUGGUGCUCUGCAGCUGAGUGCCAACCACAACAUCCUGCAGAUUGUGGAUGUGUGCAAUGACGGAGAGAAGGAUGAUAAACUUCUUCGCCUGCUGGAAGAAAUCAUGAGUGAGAAGGAAAACAAGACAAUCAUCUUUGUGGAGACCAAAAGAAGGUGUGAUGAGCUGACUAGGAGAAUGAGAAGAGAUGGUUGGCCAGCAAUGGGAAUUCAUGGAGACAAAAGCCAGCAAGAGAGGGACUGGGUCCUGAAUGAGUUCAAAUAUGGAAAGGCUUGCAUCCUUAUUGCCACAGACGUCGCCUCCCGUGGUCUAGAUGUGGAAGAUGUGAAAUUUGUCAUCAAUUAUGACUACCCUAACUCAUCCGAAGACUAUAUUCACCGCAUUGGACGAACCGCCCGCAGUCAAAAAACGGGCACGGCCUACACCUUCUUUACGCCCAACAACAUGAAACAGGCCAACGACCUCAUCUCAGUCCUCCGUGAAGCCAACCAAGCCAUCAACCCCAAGCUCAUCCAGAUGGCGGAGGACAGAGGAGGUCGCUCAAGAGGUGGUAGAAGUGGUUACAAGGAUGAUCGCCGGGAUAGGUAUUCUGGUGGGGGAAGGAGGGAUUUUGGGAGCUAUAGGGAUAGAGAUAAUGACAGGGGUUAUGGUAGCGGACCAAAGACACAGAACGGAGGCUAUGGGGGGAGCAGUUACAACAAGAGCGGCAGUAACAGUAGUAGCUUUGGCAGUGGCUAUGGCAGCAAUGGACAGGCAAACUAUGGUACGUCAAACCAAGUCAAUGCCUUUGGAAACCAGAACUUCCAGAACCAGGCAUUCCCAGGGAGCCAGGGACCAGCCCAAAACGGCAUGAGUCACCCACAAUUUCCCUUUACUCCACAGCAGCCCCCACAACCCCCCCAGCAGCCCCCUCAGCCUAUGGUGCCCUACCCCAUGCCUCCAGCUUUCCCUCAGUAAAACAAAGAAAAAAAAAGAAACGCACAGAAUAAUGAUGUUAUAACUGUUUGUCUUCUUUAAAUUCUUUAUUAUUAUCAUUAUUAUUAUUAUUAUUAUUAUUACUGUCCUUUGUAUUGUUUUUUUUUUUAUUGUUUUGCUCAGAGAAUGGUCGGAGCUUUUCCACAGUCUGACCAUCUAUGUUGAGUCCAAGGGAUCUAAGUGCAACUGAGAAUGUUGCACGUCCUUCACGUUAUGUUUUGUCACAUUCCUCAGUAAUUUAUUUUUACUAGGUAAUGCAGAUUUGGUUUAGUGGAAUUUAAAGUGGUAUGUUUAAGUCUGAUAUGAAGGCCAAGCAUGGUC